GGCUGGCGGGGCUCGGCUGGCUUUGCGGUGCCCUGGCUGCCCCCAAAAGGGCGACGUGCACUCGCUAGCUUGGGCGCGUACAGAGCCACUGGCCCAAUGGUCGUCCUCUUGGCAUCUGCGCAAGACCGCAAGGGCGUGGAGUUCGGCCUGAUCGACCCAGCAAAGCAGAGUCGGUCACGCAGGUCCACCAGCGGACGACGGUUGCGUGCACAUAAGAUGGCCGCUUUCCUCGCCUCUCGCUCUCUUCUCUUCUCUUCAGCAAGCUCUCAACCAGCAGAAUAGUGUUUUUGUUUCUCUUUUUUCUUUUCUCUCUGCUUCUAAUUCCUAAGAGCCUGGUGCUCGUCUCGCCAAUUCCCCCUCCACCAAAAUAUCCAACCAAUCUUUUACUAUCAUACUAAUUAAUUUGUCGCCGGUCGACGUACGCAACGAAAUAAUUCACUAUUCUACUUGCUCAUCAGCGCUAUCAGACAAGUUUCAAUCACCGACUUCUCGCUAAUCUAAAUCAACCCCUUGAAAAUGGCUACUCUUCAGCUCUCUUUCACUCUCCGCACCACCGCUCAGUGCAAGUCCGUACACUUGCUCGGAUCAUGGGACGGCUACCAGGGCCAGCUCCCACUUUCUCGCGAUACCUCCAAGUCUGCUGGUAACUGGACUGGCACUUUCCGCUUCACUGGUGGCACUCUCCAGCAGGGCCAGCGCUACUGGUACUACUACAUCAUGGACGGCUACCACUGCACUCAUGACCCAGCCAAGCAGUCCGUUCUUGAGCCGACCACUCAGCGCAAGCUCAACAUCCUCGACGUCCCAGCUGGCUCCGCCAAGACCACUUCGUCCAAGCGCUCCUCCCGCCGCACUUCCAAGGAGAUUCCUCAAGGCCGUGGCGUCGCCCGCGAGGACAUUAAGUGCCCAAAGCCGUACAACCCAGCCCAGACCGCCAACAUCGUCGCUCAAGGCUACAACCAGACCACCGUUGAUGAGCUCACUGCCCGCUUCGGCUAUGCCAACAUGGACGACGACUCCGAGAUCGAUUCCGAUGCUGACUCCGAUGUCCCAUCGCUCACUAGCUCUCGCAGCUCCAACAGCUCGUCCCCAUCAAGCGUUGCUUCCGACGCCAGCAGCUGCUGCACCUGCGAGCGCUACGGCAUCACCCGCUCUGGCAACCGUGUCAAGCUUGACUGCGGUGGCUCCCGCUGCGGCUACUCCGAUGAUGAUUCCGACUGCGCCUCCGAGUACGAGACCGAGUACAAGAGCCGAGCUACCCGACGACAUGGCGUCGUCAUCCGCGCUUAGACGUGUAGAUGAACUACUGCCGAGAAUGGCGGCAUCUUUCCUCUUUUGAGAGCUUCCUGUUCUGGACCUCUCAGAUGACACUCAUUAAGAUGUUUCUUUUAUGUGGUUCUUCGUGGCAGGAGACGAUUCUCUGUACAUGGGAAUGUAAUGGUCGAAGGAACCCUUUCGUAGACGUGAGUGCUUCCGUGUCGGCUGGCCUGUCACGGUUGUCCCCAUGCUAAGAAAUGGUGUCCGCUGUUGCGACUACAUUUCGAACGCGGCUUCGACAAGCUGCUGCAACUCACAGGCUGUCACUCCGGACAGUGCCGAGAGACCCUGCAGUUUAACAACCGGGGAUGCAGAGGAGGAAGAAGUGGACUCCGGGGGAAGGAGUACGUUAAACCAGAAAACUAGGCCAGCCAAUAGCCAAAGAUAUACAUGGCCCUGUUCUUCUCAAAA